AUGUCGUUAAGGUUCCACACACUGCCCACCCUGCCUGGAGCUGUCAAACCGGGUUGCAGAGAGCUGCUGUGUUUGUUGGUCAUCACCGUGAUGGUGAACCCCGGAGCCUCAGGAAUGUGUCCCACGGCUUGCAUCUGUGCCACUGACAUUGUCAGCUGCACCAACAAGAACCUGUCUAAGGUGCCUGGGAACCUUUUCAGACUGAUGAGAAGACUGGAUCUGAGCCAUAACAGAAUUGGACUUCUAGAUGCCGACUGGAUUCCUAUGUCGUUUGUCAAGCUGAGCACGCUAAUUAUUCGUCACAACAACAUCACCAGUAUCUCCACGGGCAGUUUCUCCACGACCCCAAAUCUAAAGUGUCUUGACUUAUCAUCCAAUAGGCUGAAGUCGGUGAAAAGUGCCGUGUUCCAAGAGCUGAAGGUUCUGGAGGUGCUCCUGCUCUACAACAAUCACAUUUCCCAUCUGGACCCGGCAGCUUUUGGAGGUCUCUCCCACUUGCAGAAACUCUACUUGAGUGGGAACCUCCUCACACAGUUUCCUAUGGAUUUGUAUGUUGGGAGGUUCAGGCUGGCCGAUCUGACAUUUUUAGAUGUUUCUUAUAAUCGAAUCCCUUCCAUACCAAUGCACCAUAUAAAUUUAGUGCCGGGAAAACAGCUGAGGGGCAUCUACCUUCAUGGAAAUCCGUUCAUCUGUGAUUGCUCCCUGUACUCAUUGCUGAUCUUUUGGUACCGUAGGCACUUUAGCUCAGUGAUGGAUUUUAAGAAUGACUAUACCUGUCGCCUAUGGUCAGACUCCAGACACUCCCAUCAGCUGUCCCUGCUCCAGGAUAGCUUUCUGAACUGUUCUGAGAGUGUCAUCAAUAGCUCCUUCCAUGCUCUUGGCUUUAUUCACGAGGCACAGGUCGGGGAAAGGCUGGUUGUCCACUGUGACAGCAAGACUGGUAAUGGAAAUACUGAUUUUGUCUGGGUUGGUCCCGAUAACAGACUGCUGGAGCCUGAUAAAGACAUGGGAAACUUUCGUGUGUUUUACAAUGGCAGUCUGGUUAUAGAGAGCCCUGGCUUCGAGGAUGCCGGAGUUUAUUCCUGUAUCGCAAUGAAUAGGCAACGCCUGUUAAAUGAAACUGUGGAUAUCAUGAUAAAUGUGAGCAAUUUCACCAUAAACAGAUCCCAUGCUCAUGAGGCAUUUAACACGGCUUUUACCACUCUCGCAGCCUGCGUGGCCAGUAUAGUCCUGGUACUGCUGUAUCUGUACCUGACGCCGUGCCCAUGCAAAUGUAAGUCCAAGAGACAGAAAGAUGUGCUGAACCAAGGCAGUGCCCAUUCCUCCAUUCUCAGUCCUGGCCCCUCUGGCGAUGCCUCAGCUGAUGAACGCAGGGGAGGUAAAAGAGUGGUGUUUUUGGAACCCCUGAAGGAUACUGCAGCGGGGCAGAAUGGGAAAGUCAAGCUUUUCCCCAGUGAGACUGUGAUAGCCGAGGGCAUCUUAAAGUCCACGAGGGUGAAAUCUGACUCGGAUUCAGUCAACUCUGUGUUCUCAGACACACCCUUUGUGGCAUCCGCUUAA